AUGCCUGGUGCAAUUCCGAACCUUGAGAGUUGGGUUCGGAGCCUAGCUUCGACCUCCUCGUACGUUGAGCACUCAUGGAGCGAUUUAGAAAUGGGCCGAUGGAAGGCCAAAAAUCACGGCCUCAAUAAUAAUUCCGUCAUGAGGCACCCGUCGGGUGAGGAGGAGGUUUUGCCCUCGGUACCGAAGCCGUCAAAGGAAAAGAAAAGAAAAAGGGUCUCGCCCUCCGAUACUCCAAAGCCCAAGAAGAGCAAGGCUCACUGGUCGAAGAAAGACACUACCGUCUUGCCUGCUGAUGUAGCUCAACGAUUAAGGGAGGAAGAAGAGAAGAAUGAAGAUGCUGGCUUCGAGCUAGUAGCCCGAAUGAAGAGGAGUGCUGAGGCCCCAAAGGCCGCUGAGCCGGUGAUGAACGAAGAGGUUCAUCCUUGGACCGAGGAGAUCUCGGAAGAUGGCCCAAGCAAAGUCCCCGAGUCGUCGGGGGCUGAAGAUGCCUCCCGCCGUGAUGAGCAAUCGGCGGAUGUGCCUGAAAGGGCCGAUUUCGAGGCCCUUCAAAAUGAAGAGAAUGCCCCAAGUGACUUGCUUAGGGAAAUAGAUAUUGGCGAUUCGCCGCCCCUCCCUACAUUUUUUGAGGGGCAAAUUCAAGAAGCCCAGGCCAUGGGGACCCCCGAUGUGGGAACGACCCACGAAGGGGAGGACCUUUCCCGUGGUUGCUUCAUGAGAGCUGAAGAUGCUACCGACCUGGGUGAUGCAUCAAGUCUCUUCGAUAAGGCUCAACGAAUCUUGAGCUGGGCCAAUCUUAAAAGGUUGACGGAGGAGGGAAAUGCCCUCAAACUUCUCAGUGGGCAAAAAGAAGAGGAGGUCAAGGAGCUCCGAGCCGAAUUGGCCACAUCUCAUAAAGAGCAGACCGACCUGAUUGACCAAGUUCAGCAGAAGGCCGAAAAGAUCGAGCAGCUUCGUGAGGAGGCCAACAUGAUGAAGGCGGAGACUUUAGGGUGGAAGCAAAACAUGGACCGCCUUGCCUCAAAAAAAGAUACUGCUCGAUCCCAACAGUCAUUGGCCAAACGUCAACUUCAAAGCAUGAAGGAGGAAAGCUCGGCCCGAGCCAAGAAAAUUGGGGAGUUUGAGGCUCGAUUGGCCACCGAACUUGCAAAAACCACAUCUGAGAUUCAUGCUGGUGGCUUUGACCUUGCCGUCGAUAUCGAGAACGCGAAAGUACUCAAGGCUAAAGCCAAAGCGUUGCUCUCUUCUGAUGAUGAUGAUUUUGGGAGCGCUAGUGGAUUCGAGAGUAUAGGGGAUUUUGAUGAUGAAGAUGCAGCUCCCAAAGAAAAUUAG